UUGGCAAAAGGAGGAGCGGAGAGGGAAGUAAGACGAAAUCGGAGGAGCGGAGGAGGAGGAGAAGGAGGAGGCGAGGGUGCACCUGGAGUCCGGCAGUGUUUGUCCCCAGUGGGCUCCCCAUCAUCCGGCUGGGCUCUCCAGGGGAGUGCUCUGCCUCCCUUGGUCUCUUCCCUGCAGCAGCCGAGGAGAAGCCAGGCAAGGGGCUGCCUGCUGGGGGCUGAAGGGAGGACGGCCCUCCAUCCUCCGGGCUCCCCGGCGUCGCCUUAGACUUCCACGCAGCCUCCCACCCAGGCAGCGAUGACCGACUCCUGGCAGCCCUUAGGCUCGGGUCGCCGAGGAGAGACUGAGCAUCCUUAGGCCAGAGGGACAAGAAGCAGAAGAAGCAAUCUUUUAAAAGAGAGAGCGAGAGAGAGACGGGAGAGUUUCCUUCUUCCAGAGCUCUAAAAGGCAAAGGGCUCGCUCCAUCGUGUUCCUGGGCUGAGCUCCUCCAUCCUCCGUCCUGGGAUCGCCCCUCGGGAGGAAGCGCAGGGACCAUGAGCGCCUGGGUGGCCGCCUGGGUCUUGCUGAGCCUCAGCCUCGCCAAAGGGGAUGUGUGUGAUUCCAGCCCCUGUGAAAAUGGAGGCAUCUGUUUGUCAGAGUUGGAUGAUGACUUCUACUCUUGUGAAUGUCCUGAUGGCUUCUCAGAUCCCAAUUGUUCUAGUGUUGUGGAGGUUGCGCUGGAUGAAGAGCCAACAUCAACAGGGCCAUGCAUUCCUAAUCCCUGCCAUAAUGGUGGAAUGUGCAAAAUUAGUGAAGCAUACAGAGGAGACACCUUCAUAGGUUAUAUCUGUAAAUGUCCACAGGGUUUCAAUGGGAUCCACUGCCAGCACAAUGUGAAUGAAUGUGAAGCUGAACCCUGCAGGAAUGGCGGCAUUUGUACAGAUCUUGUGGCCAACUAUUCCUGUGAAUGUCCAGGUGAAUUUAUGGGAAGGAACUGCCAAUAUAAAUGCUCUGGGCCAUUGGGAAUUGAAGGAGGGAUCAUUUCAAACCAACAGAUAACUGCAUCAUCUACCCAUCGUGCUCUUUUUGGGCUCCAGAAAUGGUAUCCCUACUAUGCGCGACUAAACAAGAAGGGUCUUGUAAAUGCUUGGACUGCAGCAGAAAACGACAGAUGGCCAUGGAUUCAGAUAAACUUGCAAAGAAAGAUGAGAAUCACUGGAGUUAUAACUCAAGGUGCCAAGAGAAUUGGAAGCCCAGAAUACAUAAAAUCAUACAAAAUUGCAUAUAGCAACGAUGGGAAAUUAUGGGCAACAUACAAAGUGAAGGGCACAACUGAAGAUAUGGUGUUCCGUGGAAAUGUAGAUAAUAAUACACCUUAUGCAAAUUCUUUCACCCCACCGAUAAAAGCUCAGUACAUACGGUUAUAUCCUCAAGUCUGCAGAAGGCAUUGUACUUUGCGAAUGGAACUUCUUGGCUGCGAAUUAUCUGGCUGCUCUGAACCACUGGGGAUGAAAUCAGGACACAUACAGGAUUAUCAGAUUACCGCCUCAAGUAUCUUCAGAACACUCAACAUGGACAUGUUUACAUGGGAACCUAGAAAAGCUCGACUAGACAAGCAAGGCAAAGUGAAUGCCUGGACAUCAGGACACAGUGAUCAAUCACAGUGGCUACAGAUUGAUCUUCUUGUUCCUACAAAAGUGACAGGCAUUAUUACUCAAGGAGCUAAAGAUUUUGGUCAUGUACAGUUUGUGGGCUCCUAUAAACUUGCCUACAGCCAUGAUGGAGAGCGCUGGACCAUAUAUCAGGAUGAAAAGCAAAAAAAGGAUAAGGUUUUCCAAGGAAACUUUGACAAUGACACUCACAGGAAGAAUGUCAUUGACCCUCCAAUCUAUGCAAGGCACAUAAGGAUUCUCCCUUGGUCAUGGUAUGGCAGGAUCACUUUACGGUCAGAGCUCUUGGGCUGUACAGAAGAGGACUGACAAGGAUCUUCACUUAACAGCACAAUUCUCAAUACUCCUUAACAAAAAAAGAUAAAUCUCCAUAGAAGAAACAGUGCAAAACCAGUAGGAAGUUGAAUGGGUUUUUCAUGAAGAAGUUCUCACUUUCCGGUAGGCUGCUGUCUUUUGUAAGGAGGUCUAAGCCUGCCCUCAAAAUGGUCCAGAUCUGAUGUAUUCUUUAUUUUUAUUUUUUGGUCCUUCUAAAUCUGUUCAGGUUAUUGCUCUGUUUUGUUGCACAAUUUACUUUUCAAAUAUUCUUCUGAGUUUUUCAUGCUGUCUGAGAUAUGGUUUGAGAUUUUUUUAAAAAAAAGAAAAACAGCAUCAUUUUUGCAAGGAAGAUGAAAGUGCAUGACAAGAGUUCAUUUGUGACUUGCAAAAGAGAGGUGAGUUUGUUUUCUCCAAAUCCACACCAUCAUCUUACUUGCAAAACAAUGAUACUGCAGCUUUAGCAAUAAGUUCUUUCUCUGGGAUGGCUGCAUUUGAUUGUUUCCCUUGUGCCUAUCAAGCAUUGUCAAGAUUAAUGAUACUUUUUGAAAGAAUUUCUGUGGUCUCCAGUUAACCUGUCUCCACAAAGUCAUUGCCACUCCUUUUACUCCCUAUAAAGCAUGCUGUGGACAUCAUCACUGUCUUUUCAUUUAGCCACAUUAACGGCUGCUGUUUUGUUUCAGAGAGCCAACCUGGAUUUUAUGGAACAAAAUCUGCUUCCAGUUCAUUAUGAAGCUGAUGAUUUUGUUGAUGAAUUCAGCUUGUGGUUUUCCUCAUAAAUGAUGAAUACAUAAAAGUCCAUGGACCACAAUUGAGAUUUAAGUUAUUGUAGCAGGCCACUAGGCAGAUAUCUGUGCUACCAAGAACAGCAUCCAUAUGGUCCUGCUUUUACUUGGUCCUGGCGGUGGAGAUAGGAGAUAGCUUUUUCAAGAAGCCUUCUAUGAUUUAAUGAGUGAAAGUUAUUGUGAUAUUUAGGGCUGCACUACAAAACAUACAGGCAAUGUAUUUUUCUUUGAGAGAGGACCACACUUUCCCUAAAACAAAUGAUGUGAUGCCUAAAGCUGAGUGGUCAUAUGUUAGGCUCUCUAAAAUUAUAUUAAAGAAUCAGCUCUACAAAGGUUCUUAAGAUGCCUGGUUUGGAGAAGAUAGAUCCUGUAGGAUGCACAAAUGGCAAUGGUGUAAAACCAUAGAGGUGAGUACAGUCAGAUAUGGUCCAGCCUGCAAAGAGUAGAAAUAAGAGGAAGGGUUUGCAACAUUGCUUAUGGGGAGAAAAAAAAGGGAGCAAAGAAUCUGGUACUGGAUGCAGUUUUCAACUUCAUGAGUAUAUCAGAUUUCAUUCCCCAAUGAGAAUAUUUCCAUCUUGUAAGAUUACAAAGAUACUGGCAUUUCUAGUGGUUGAAACUAGAGUUUCAGUGCUCUCUGUAUCUCCAUUGUCUCCCAGUACUAGCCAAAGCACAGAGUUUGGAUUGGUGGUGGUGUUGGAUUUGAAUUAUUUGUAGAGCAUAGUACACACACAGGGUUCAACUGGAGAAAGAAGAUAAACUAUUUACAAUACAAGAAUUCAGCAAAACAGCCCAUAAUCCAUAUUUAGGGCAUUCUGCUUUCUUGGUAUUCCACGGUACCCAUACUAGUUGCAUUCUGUACUGGCAAAGAAAUCUAAUAUUUUGGAACAGCUAGAAUUACUGAUGGUAGGGAUGGCUUUUCAGGACCAUUCCAUGUAGUCUUACACACUAUAGUUUAGCUGCAUGUGGCAGAACAGUUAUCACUGCUGGAGCUUACGUACACAUCAGAGCAGAUGUGUACAUAGAAACAAAUAUUAUCAUGUAAUCAGCUUAUUACCUUAUGACAACCUCUUUAUCUGGCAAUCUGAAUUAGCCAUAAAUUCAUUUUUCCUGUACAUUGACCACAUAACACUGACGGAUCUGUCAUCUGAAAGUGCAAAGCAGGUUGUCGCUUUAGCUGAAGGAUGCAGUGUUUACCAGAGCAGCCACAUAUGCAGUUUUCUCCAUGCACCAAUUUAACUUUUUUCAAGGGCAAUGACAUCUGCACCCAUCCUCAGUCAGGGGUGUUAUUUCCACUGGAAUUAGUGCAUAGAGACACUGGCAGAACAAUUUAUAAAUACUGCAUUUCUGACUCUAUACAGCCACUACUGUGGCAUUUGUGUGUGAAAACAUUGCUAGGAAUAACACAGGAGUGGGAACUAUCACACUUUCAUCAAGUUGUAGGGCCAACACAGCAAGUGGCUUAAGAUGCAGGGAAUGGAAGUCCAACAACUUCUGGAAGACCACUGUUGCCUACCCUUAGUUUAACAGUUACUGUAUUUCAUAGAUAGAAUUUCUCUUACAUUAUGUUCUUGCUGGUACAGAAGUUCCUGCUAGAUGGUAGCUGUAUUGAAAAGCACAUUCAUUUUAACAAGGUGUUAGUACUCUGCCCAUUUCCUUUAUAAUUCAUGGAUGUUAUCUCAUAACUAAAAACCUUCACUAAUCAUCAUUUUAUUUCACUCUUAAUUCCAUCGCAUGUUAUAUAGAUGGGGGGGGGGUGUCUCAUUAAUGUCUCAUAGUAAGCAUUAAGCAUUGUUUUAUUAUUCAAAGAAAGCAAGGUGGAAAUAAAAGCAUGGGCUCUGUGAUCAUGGUGAACAACUAAUCAUCUAGUAAUUGUACAGAGGAGCCUGAAUGUCUUUCUUUAAAAAAAAUAGCUCACAAUCCUUAUGCAAUCUCCUGUUCUCUGUGUAAAAACAUUGUCAUCUGAUUUCCUUCAAAUGGCUUGGGACAUAAACCACCUGUGAUCAAGGGGAGCUCUCUUGAAAGCAUCUCUCCAGAUAAAUAAAUCAAAACUGAACCAGUAAGAGAAUGAGAUCUGUCUGCAUACCGAGCACCUAAUUCUCAAGGUGUACAUGUUCACUUGUUUAUGUUCUAAGGCAUAGACAAGGAUAUUCGGAGAUUUCAGUCUGAGGAUCUAAUCAAAGUAAAACAAGUAUGUGUAAGGAAUGUUCUGUGCAACACUGUUGAGUUUAUGAUUUUGUUUUGUUUUUAGUUGAAUUUGUGCAGCAUUUCAAAAUCCUCUAGACUGUUACUGUCUUGUCUGUAACUGUGUUAACAUUUCUUAACAAUGUUAUCUAUGGAGUGGUCUUCAAUUGUAGUGAAUAAUUUUAAAGAGAAAGUCAAUCAUAAUUGCAUUUUAAGGUGCAAAUGGCUGAUGGAAUCAGGCUGGCAACUGAAAUAACAUUCAGCUGCAUACUGCCCAUAUUCUGUACAUUAGGCUCUUAUGAAAACACUGCAGUUCACAUCCCAUUUACACUACAUAAACUCUGUAUAGUCUUACUCUAGAGUAAGAAAAAUGUGGGGAUCUAAUGUUUGACAUUUGAGUGGAUUUAGACCAAAAGGACCUCAUUCUUUCCUCUUUAUGGGGCCAAAUCAUUGCACUUAUAGACAUUUGGUUGCACAGUAUAUAGCCAACCAAAACAUUUGGGAGCUGGUACCCUGACCUAUAUGUGACCCAUUCAAAAGAUAGUCAGCCAUGUAAGAUUUUCAAUGCUAAACAGGGAAUGGUUUCUGGUGCUGCAUGCACAGACACUUUUCAGUGAGGUAGUCUGCAUAUACAACAUCCCCAUUGCAUGUGUGGGUCAUAAUACUGAAAGCGGACAGACCAUCUUUGAUUAAUCAGGGUAAUGCCUCAGAAUAUCUCCUCUGUAUGCAGAAGGUCAUGCUGAAAUAAAUGUGUUGGGGACUUUAAAACCUUCCCUAAAUAAGAGUGGGUUUCUGCAAAUAAGACACUGUAGGCCUUUCAUGUUUGGGCUACUGGAUGGCUUCUGCUACAGCCAACACUACUUCAGCAAAAGGAGCUUGUCUGGAUAGAGGGCACAUUGAGCUGCUAGUCAGUAUAUGCUUCUGAAAUGUUCUGUGUUUAUUAGUACUUUCCUCCCUAUUUAAAAAAAGAAAGAAAGAAAUGCAAUUGAACAAAACUUGGAUGUGCAAUUAACUCAUAUGUGUUAUAGUUUAUAGUGCAUAAAACAGCAUUAUGUUGAAAAGGUAGCAAUUUAUGUUUAUUAUUAUUCUAUUUGAAAGGGUUGCAGUUUUUGUCCUUUCCACUGAUCAUUUGUCAACCUUCACUAGUUUGUUCAUAUGAGCUUCAAAGUUUUUAUUAAUUUUAAAUUACUCUUUUAGACUUUCCACUGUACUCUGCUUCUGUUACAUCAUUAAAAUGUUAAGAAAUGACCAUGACAUUUGUUUAGUAACUAUGGACACAAUUCAGCAAGAUGUUCUUUUCUGCACACUUCAUUGAAUUAAAUGGGACUGGAACUCAUCAAGACCAUCCUAUUAUUUCACUUUACAGUCAAGUGGAUGGGACAUUAAUUGUGUGAUUGUGAUUAAUGUACCUUUUUUGUAUGAAAAUUGUAAUUCUGGGGGAAAUUCUGCAGCCUACAGAUUGUGGGAAGACCAAAUUGAUGUUUUUUCUUUCACUCUCCCGCUCAUGGACCCAAUGAAAGCUGCAUCUCAGAAACAGCUAUGGGCAUUUCAAGCAAACCCUAUAUUGGCAACAAUGAUGGCCUUCCAUGAUAUAAUAUGGAAUCUCAUGAAAAGUGUUUUUUCUUGAGAUCAUGGCAGGUAAAGAAAGAGUUAAAAUGAUCCUACUUAACCCUUUUUCUCACAGGUCAGUGGCUGCAAUAUGCAUUAAAAAUAGAUACACAUUGCUUGCAUUCAUACAGUUAAGGACAUAACUAUUUUACCUUCCAGUGAAGUUUACAAAGGAAAUGGAUUGUGUCCUCUGGAGUUUGCCUGAUUCUUAGUGCUACACAGUACUGUUCUUUCAUUAACUUUGUCUCUUUGUAAAAUCUGUUCAUGCUACAGGAUAUAUUUUCUACUAAGAAAGGAUUUACACAUGCAUAGUCAUGAUCAUGCAAUGACUGCUGUGUGUGACACAGCCAUCAUUGAUCAACACCUCAAGUUGGAGCUUUCAGAUUAUCUGACCCCCACAAACAUAAUGCUUUUCAGUGCAGGAAGUUCCACUCAUUCAAGUGUGAGUCAUCAAGUAUUUGGGUAGUUCUAUACUAAGCCACUGUGUGGUGUAUAAUACGUGUUUAGGUCAGUCCUAAAUCUAUAUAUUACAUCUUAUAAAAAUGGAACUGUGGUAUACCAGUAUUAGAUGUGGUUGUGACCUACCAACUCCUUAAAUGGAAGUACUUGUUACUUCAGUUGGACUGUGUCUGUUUAGGAGCCUUUAUUUCAAGCUAAGUGGUGAGUGAAUCAUAAUUGUAAGCUUUUGUUCCAAAAUACAAGUGAGGGACUCACACAUUACUGUAACAGAUAUAUUUCUCACAAAUUACAGUAUGAAUAUGGGAGAAGUCAGGAACAAAUCAUGGGCUUACAUUUAUCCACCAAAGCAUGUGGAAUGUUUCUGGCCUCCAUGUGUAUCUUUAAAAAUGAAUACACUCUGCCUACAUCAUCUACACAUUCCCUUUUCUUAUUUUCUUAUGUGUGUAACUAGCUUUUCCAGACAUUAAGUGACUUAUGGAGAGGGUAGGAACAGGAUCAAACCCACUGCCAUUCCCUAACUGCAUGCAUUCAUUCAAAGAUCUGAACACAAAACAUACAAUGUCAUAUGCAGAGGGUCGUUUAUGUGCAAUGGGAGAACCAGCCAUUCUCACAGUUCCCAAUGACACUGAUGGAACCUACAUAAAUAAAACCUGGAUGCAAAUUUAAAACUUUGAAUAAAUGUGUGAAAGGUGGGAGUGACAGUUCUCUUCCUCCGUGUAAUCACUGAGUAUCUGAAAAGGCUGUAGAAAGCAAUCAAUGAGUUGAGUGUGCAAGAGUGUACAAGCAAGACUCCCCCCAAGUAACACACAACUCACUGUGAGUAAAUGUCAGGAUCAUGUCUGAACUUGCCCAAGGGUAAUGAGAAAACUACAGUCUGCAUAAUUAGUACAGUUCCAUGGAAGUUAAUAGAAAUUGAGAUUUAAUACGUAUUUGCAUUUAGAUUCUGCAUGUUGAUUUCUUUAGAACCCCAGCCUUCAAGCCAGUUAUUUUUGAGUCACCUGUUAGUUUAAAAAUAAGUGGCUUGAUGAAUGGGUCAUUUAAACUUUGGGCGUAAAUAUUAUGAAAUUGUCCUUAACUUUUGUAUUCACACUAACCAUGAAGCAUAAUUGGGGGUGAGGAGUGAGAGGAAGAUUCACUGGUGUUUACCCAAGACUUUUUAAGUUAUUUUAAGGCAGAUUUCAUCUUUCUAUAGCUCCCUAAUUUGCUACUUUUAUAGCCUGGAAAGUAAAAUUUAAUGCACAAGGCUUAGGAUAAUCUAUUAAGGGCUUCUCACAAAAAAAACAAAAACACACCACAGUUCUGAUUUUUAGGUUGACUUUCUCUUUUGGAAUGAAUGCAUACAAAUUCAUGUGAGUUUUGAAGACUAAAGGAUACUAAUGAGUGUAUCUGUGCUAUACCACAAACUAUGAAAUAUAAUAUUCAAAGCUGGCUUCAAAUGUGUCAGUAAGUACAGAAAUAUCUCAGACACAAUGAUCUUUGCAACCUUGGCAACCUGUGUAAAGUUCCAGUGGUUUUUGUAUAUAUUUAAAUUAUGUAGAAUGAUGUUUAAACUGUAUGACCCCAUCUAGUCUUCAAACUUAACAAUAAAACU